GAUGGCAGACAGCGCAGGUCAGUAGCUGAGUGGUGGUACAGGCAGGGAGGAGUGCCUGCUAGAUAAAAUAAUUUUCUCCGGUGACCUGCUCUCAAAAGACGGAAGACCAAUACAAUAAACGAAUGAAGCUAAGGUAGUGUGAAGAACCGCUGAACUAUUCGCGAAUUGACGCUGGUUCAGAAACGUCUCUAACAUUGUUUUGAAGGCCUGUUGCUAGCUACGAGAAUCCUCGGGCUAGCCCGGUAGACACCGGGCCGAGAGUGCGCAAGGGACCAGGACAGGGGCUCCGUAGGUUGGUUCGAUCGACCAGGUUUUAACUGAUGCUGGCUGCCCUGUCUUAUAAUCAAACCAAGACGUAACCUCUCCUCCUCCUCCGUGGCGGAUAUAAAUCAGCGUAACUCAGUUUGACAGCUAGCUAACAUUAGCUCUCCUGUGUUUACAAGCUAACACAGCCCAAACCCUUUGAAGAAGUUGGACACUUGGGUAUAUUUGUUUUAGUUAGGAUUUGCAUAUUUGGGUGCUACCACCUGCCUGCUAGCUGGUGGUGAUUUGUAACCUUGUUGUAGUUCUGUCCACGCCGACUAAAGGUCGCCAGCCCGGCAGCUAGAUCAAAAAGUCUCCUAGCUACGGUUAUCGCAUUCUUCAAGCUUAUCUACUGCUGCCCAAAGUUUGUUACCUUAUUUGAAUAGAAGGAAUAGACUACUGAGUUGAUUAACUAAACUAUCUUUAACCAGUUGAAAGACAGUAAUCCGGAUGAAGGCUCACAGAGAAGUGUGGAUUUUGAUGCUGUCAGGUUUUGGAGGUGUCACCUGUUAUUCUUGGCACUAUUAAAUCUCACACCGGGAUCCAACAUCUGGUGCACCAGAAGCAACUGAUCUGCUGUUUCGCUAUCUCGAACUGAUUUGCUCAAGAAGGAUCCUCUUCAAAACAGACCACAAUGAAUCGUUACCUGCCAGUGGCACGGCAGCACUUUCUGGCUGCCCUUGCCAGCACCAGUGUGGUAGUGAAAAGUAUAAGUGCUGUGGUGGUACUACUCUAUCUUUUGUCAUGGGCUGUCGACACUCCAUACGCACUGGGGGUGACACCAGGCUACCUUUUUCCGCCCAACUUCUGGGUGUGGACACUGGUGACCCAUGGGGUGGUAGAGCAGCAUGUCUGGGGUGUGGUGGCCAAUGUGGGGAUAGUUAUGGCCUGUGGGCGCCUGCUGGAGCCUCUGUGGGGCGCUCUGGAGCUCCUGAUCUUUUUCGCAGUGGUUAAUAUCUCUGCAGGCCUCCUGGCAGGCCUCUCCUACCUCCUCACCUAUGUUGCCACCUUCGACCUGGACUACCUGUUUGCUGUUCGUGCCUAUGGAGCAGCUGGGUUCCUGGGAGGUGUCCUGGUGGCGCUGAAGCAGACCAUGGGGGAUACUACAGUGCUCAGGGUGCCACAGGUGAGACUCAAAGCAGCUCCAGCUUUGGUCCUCCUCCUCCUGGCCUUGCUGCGCCUGGCAGGCCUGCUCGACAGCUCGGCCCCCCUGGCUGCAUACAGCUAUGGUGCCCUGUCCGGCUGGGUCUACCUGCGCUUCUACCAGAGGCACAGCCGGGGCCGUGGGGACAUGUCGGACCACUUUGCCUUCGCUAGUUUCUUUCCUGAGGCGCUGCAGCCGGCCGUGGGGCUGCUGGCGGGGCUGGUCCACUCCGCCCUGGUGAAGGUGAAGGUGUGCAGGAAGAUGGUGAAGAGGUACGACGUGGGGGCGCCCUCCUCCAUCACUAUCAGCCUGCCAGGGACGGACCCACAAGAUGCAGAAAGGAGGAGACAACUGGCCCUCAAGGCUCUGAACGAGCGUCUGAAGCGUGUGGAGGACCAGUCCGCCUGGCCCAGCAUGGACGACGAAGAAGAUGACGACGACGACGAGGUCAGGACCGACACACAGCCGCUCCUCCCGGGUGGGCGUGACCCCUCCUCCACGCCGAGACCAGCAGCAGGGGGACCGGUCGGCGGCUCGCUCUCCUCCACCUCCUCAUCCUCAAUGUCGCAGAGCAGCGGAGGGCCGUCCACAGGCGGAGCGCAACACCCAGAGUCCAGCAUUAUCAGCUUCGAGGAUGCACCUUCUAGAUCGUAACAAAUAGAACCCACGUGUACAGAUACGCACGCUCUGUUCGGUGUCACUGGAAGGUAUACUAGUGUAGUCAGCGUCCCUGACUAGUAUACAAAUAUGUUCAGUGACAGUGAGUAGGUAUACACUCGAUAUCCCACACGCCAACACACACAACAUCUUUGACCAGUUCAUACACACGGACCGUGCGCUCACAAACAGACUGUCAAUGUCAUGAUGAAGCCCAAAGGGGGGGGGGGUAACUGUAAAGUGCUUUCAGUUCAGACAUGUUGUUUGUAAAUGCUCAGUGUAGAUGGGCAAACUGGACACUUAAUUCUUCUUCCUUCCUGCAUACGGCCAGAAAUUCUGUCUGGUUCCGGACAUAAUCGGAACUUAGAGUCCUCGGUCCACUGCUUCAUGUUGUCUCUUUCUCUUUCUUUCUAAAUAAAUAACAAAAUGGGUGUACAAUAUUCUUUUUUCAAGUCUUUUUCGGAGCAGCCAUAGCUCUCUGAUGGCCUGCCUUGAGAAAGCUUGCAGUGACAGAGACGCACGCUGACUUCUCGAUUCUUGAUGAAAGGCCGACUCUAUGCGCUGAAAAGACAAAUUGGCUGCAAGUGACAGUGGAUUAUGGUUAACUGGUUCUUGAUCAGAAACCAGGUGUGUAACGGAGGAAGUAUGACCAGCACGUUCUCGGCAGAGGUGCUGGACCAGAGGAAAGAAGCUGGUGCAGGUCUGUCCUGCUGAUAAACUAUGAUACAAAACUUCAAGAUUUGAAGAGGUGAAAAUCAUUUUUCCGGGCCAGGUUCGUUUGCCGCCUGGUGUCUCUGUGGAACAACAGGCAGAGAAAUGGACUGGUGGUGUACCCAUUUUUUAAUCCCCCGUUUGUCGUUCAAAUGAGAACAAUUGUGUAUUUUAUUUUUCUUCUAGAUCUGUUUGUGACUAAACAAAAUCCCCCCAAAAAAAAAAAAAAUCUUUUGUUUCUGUGCACUAACCAGACACGUUCAUGACGUUACACUCUCACACAGAUCUGUGGAUGAUGAUUAUGAUUCUUGUUUUAACGAAUUUAUUGCAUUUUUCAAUAUCAAGCCUACUCCUGGAGCAUCAUCCUGUACCGUUUUACACUUUCACCUUCUAUGAUCUGAAAUGAUACAAGAAUUAUACAAUAAUCUGGGUGCAUGUAAUACAGAGUGGUCACUGUCUGUCAUGGUUGUGUUUUUUCGUUUGGUGCCAUUACAAAUGCAGACAUGGGUAGAGACUGGUUAUUCAGACUGUGCAGGUGUUUUUAGAGUUGCCGAUUCAGAGUUGGUACCUGUGCUGUGUCAAACUCUGCUCCCGAUUUGUCGAUCGCAGACUCGUAAAUGACUCCACAGGCAGCGGACACCUGCGCUGAUCAGUAAGCAGCCUGGCCAGGGUUUUCCCAGUCACAUCCUUUGCACUUGUAAAAUCUUUCAUUUCUGGGGGAAAAAAAACAAAAAAAAACACAGUGCCAAGCAGAGCCAGUGUUGAAUCAUUUUCUUGGGAGGUUGACGGGCAGCUAAAUUGUUUCAUAAAAAAACACUUCAUAAAUGCUAUGCAGUCAGUGAUUUAUACAUGUUGUAGACAGUCAUCGCUGUAGAUGUGGCAGGCUAUUAUGGUAAUGGUCUUGAUCAAAUCAUUUGAAUUCCCAAUUUCCCUCCUGUCCUUGUUGAUUAAAGUCAGUUGCAGCCAAUACAUUAUUUCAGACGUUGCCAUCACGGUGAUGACAAAUUGAUAAAUUAUUUUUAAACUUGUGAUCAAGAGGUUGAAAAUGUUUUCAUAUUAAAUGGGAAUUUCCAAAUAGAGGUGAACCAUGCAGAAUUUGCAAUCUGGAAACUACACAAAAAUGUAUGAAUGUAAGUAAGUACAGCAAUGUGUUGUUACAUGUUUAAUUCAAAUAUAAAGUUGAAGUUUUGUUUUUCA